AUGUUACGCGGGGUGAGGCCUGGCCGCCGCACGUGCGUGGAGCUGGAGCGGAUCAUCGUCGAGAGGCACCGCUUUGGGAGCCUCGGCCGAGAGGACGCGCACGACCUGUUCGAUGAAUUGCUUCCUCAGGCCAGGCCCGCCUCGGUGCACGCCUUCAACCGUGUCCUCACCGUCGUCGCUCGCGCGGAGUCCUCGUCGCCACUGCGUCACAGCGCUGCACUCGCCGUGUCUCUUUUCAAUACCAUGGCCCGGGCUGGCGUCAAUAAGGUGGCCGCCAACAUUUGCACCUUUGGCAUCCUCAUCCGUUGCUUCUCUACUGUCGGUCGCUUGGACCUCGCCUUUGCUGCCUUUGGCCAGGUCAUCAAGAUGGGAUGGAGGGAGCAGGUCAUGGCCCUCAACCAGCUAAUCAAGGGUCUCUGUGAUGGCAAGACGACGAGCGACGCAAUGGAUAUAGUGUUCAGACGAAUGCCGAAGCUUGGCUGCACACCUGAUGUUUUCUCCUAUAACAUUCUCAUCAAGGGGCUCUGCGCCGAGAAGAAGAGUCAAGAGGCUCUUGAGCUGCUUCUUCACAUGACGGCCGAUGGCGGAUACAACUGCCCUCCCAAUGUGGUGUCAUAUAACACGGUCAUCGACGGCUUAUUUAAAGAAGGUGAGGUCGACAAAGCUUACAUCCUGUUUCAUGAAAUGCCGGGUCGGGGGUUUGCACCUGAUCUUGUGACAUACAGCUCAAUCAUUGAUGGCCUGUGCAAGGCUCAAGCAAUGGACAAGGCUGAAACAGUCCUACAACAGAUGUUUGAUAAAGGUGUUAUGCCAGAUAUUUGGUCAUAUAAUAGUCUGAUCCAUGGGUAUUGCUCUUUAGGACAGUUGGAAGAGGCAGUGAGACUGCUCAAAAACAUGUCUGGAGGUGGUCUUCAACCGAAUGUUGUCACUUACAAUCUGCUGAUAGACUAUUAUUGCAAGAUUGGAAGAUGUACAGAAGCUAGGAAUAUCUUUGAUUCAAUGAUCCGGAGGGGUCAAAAACCCAAUGUUACCACCUACUGCAAUAUGCUUCAUGGGUACGCCACAAAAGGAGCUCUUGCUGAUAUGCAUGAUCUCCUUGAUUUGAUGAUUCGAGACGGAAUUCUCUUUGAACAUCGUGUCUUCAACAUCCUGAUACGUGCAUAA